AUGGGGCUCCGCGCCUCUGUGCUGCCCCCGGUGACAUUCCGCCCUGCCUGUCGCGAUCUCCGCAUUACCCCAUGGCGCAUGUUCAGCACUUCGCAGCGCCCAUUAGGGGUGCUGAACCCCGUGUCCCGACUAAACGCACCCCUCUCCCGACCAGUAUCUCCUCCGUUCUUCUCUCAACAACUCGCUCCGUCUGUUCCCCGCCGAUUCAAAAGGACCGUCGCCCCCAAUCCAAAAUCAGAUCCGUCGGAGGUCCAUCCCCGCAAGAAGCCCUUCACCGAUGCCGAAGUCAGAGCCAUAUUUGGACGCUCCGGUCUCUCCACGAAACUGGCUAACCGCAUCCUUGCCGUCUUGCAUGCGCACCGUCUGGCCGGUACACUCGACGCAGACUUGCCAGUUGACAUCAAACGCACCGUCGCCCAGCACCAGAUUGAUACUGCUCUGGACUGGCUUCGACGUGAAUACCCGGUUGACGAGGAUGCCGCUAUCAUGGUCCGCAUUGAGCGCGAGGAGCGUGAGGAGGAAGAGAAGCUCAUCCGCCGCGCUGAAAAGCUAGGCCUGUACAAGCCCCAGAGCGGUUCUUAUGAUGCUGAACUCGGCGAGGAAGGCUCUCCUUACGGAAGGAGUGUCCUCAAAGAAGGCCGUGAGCAGAAUGAGAAGCGUUUGCUGGCGGAGCAGGAACGUAAGCGUCAGGAAUGGCUUGAUGGUGAAAAGGAAGAGCAGGAACGGUUGAAGCGUCAAUUUGGCGAGAAUACUUCCCUGCAGCAGUAUCAAGAGGCUGCUCUCACUGAAGCUCGCCCUCGUGCCGAUCCUGCCCUAAGGCCAUAUCUCGCUUGGGUUCAGAAGCAUCACAUUGCUGGUACCCAUGAGACACCCGAAACAGUGAACAUUACUACGGCUCAACGUCUACUCGCUCCGCUUCUAUUCACUAUCGUGACUCUUGGACUUUGCUAUGCCUUUACUCAAUACUAUGAGUUCCCGGCACGAAAGGACCGUUUCAUGCCGGAUAUCCCUCCCGCUGUGGCGACUGUGGGAGCCAUUGUUGGAGCUAAUCUGGCUGUUACUCUUCUUUGGAAAUACGUCCCUCCAUCGUGGAGAUUGCUCAACCGUUACUUCGUGAUCGUUCCGUACUACCCUAGUUCACUUGGCAUGAUUGGGAGUGUUUUUAGUCACCAGACCUGGAGACAUCUCGGAACGAACAUGAUGGUCCUGGCACUUAUGGGUACUCGAGUCCACGACGAAAUUGGCCGCGGGAAUUUCUUGGCUAUCUACUUUGCCUCGGGUGCGGUGGGAUCCAUCUUCUCGUUGACACGCAGUGUUUUACUCGGCCGUCUGGGUAUGACCUCCCUCGGAGCCAGUGCCGCAACUAGCGGUAUCGUCGCCGCAUGGUGCAUGUCCCAUUUCGAUGACAAAAUCACAAUGUGGAUUCUUCCCCACGAGCUACGAGAGAAAAUCUGGACUCACGGUUGGGUUUUCCUCGCUUGUUUGGUUGGCACUGAGGUCUUCAGCUUGCUGGCUCCUGCGCGCUUCUUCCGAGUGUUCCCUCUUUCUCGACUGACCAAGAUGGACCACGCCGCUCAUCUGGGUGGAUAUGUUGCUGGUGCGGGAUGUGGAUAUUCUCUAAUGAAAAAGAAGGAGCGUGAAAGGAAGGCUAGAGAGUCCAAGUGGUUCUGA